UUUACCAGGUCUUUGAAAGUGUGGCCAAGAAAUAUGAUAUAAUGAACGAUUCAAUGACUCUAGGGAUUCAUCGAGUGUGGAAGGAUAUCCUCAUGCAUAAAAUGAACCCUUCCCCAGGAACACUUCUUCUUGAUGUUGCUGGAGGAACAGGUGACAUCGCUUUUCGAUUUAUUAAUUAUGUUCGCUCUGUACGAGAACGCCAGCUCCAGCGGAAGCUUAAGCACCAUCAGAAUUUAUCGUGGCAGGAAAUUUCUGAGAGUUACCAGGAAGACAAAUUUAAGUCGCUAGGGGAUUCCCAAGUGGUGGUCUGUGACAUUAACAAAGAGAUGUUAAAAGUUGGGAAGCAGAAAGCACAACAUCUUGGCUACUCCGAAGGCUUGUCCUGGGUACUGGGGAAUGCUGAAGAGUUGCCCUUUGAUGAUGACAAGUUUGAUGUUUACACAAUUGCCUUUGGAAUCAGAAAUGUAACUCGUAUUGAUUUGGCACUUCAGGAGGCCUAUCGUGUGCUGAAACCAGGAGGAAGAUUUCUCUGCCUUGAAUUUAGUCACGUCAGCAACCCUCUUCUUUCCAGGCUCUACGAUCUAUACAGUUUCCAGGUUAUCCCUGUUCUGGGUGAGGUUAUCGCUGGUGACUGGAAGUCUUACCAGUAUCUUGUGGAGAGCAUCCGACGUUUCCCCCCUCAGGAGGAGUUGAAGGCAAUGAUAGAAGAUGCAGGGUUUCUUAAAGUGGAUUAUCAGAAUUUAAACUUGGGCAUUGUUGCCAUUCACUCAGGUUUCAAACUCUGAGUCUAUGUAGCAAAACACAGGAAGUGUAAUUUUCCUGAGGAGUAUGAAGGCUGUGGAAUUUUAACGCUAUCAAGAUUGAAGAGGAGUUUUAAGAACUUGCACAACAGAUACUUGCUCAGCAGUCAGACCCAGAAGAACAUCAGCUACCUUUUCCCCCCCCAAGAAACCUGUGGAUGAAGUGACUCCUGUGGUGUUUCUUACACUCGCAUUUCCCUUCAAGUGCAAUGUAAAGGACAUGGCCAAAACUGAGCAGUGCUAACAAAUGAAGCAACUUCAGUUACCAGUGGUGUGGAUACAGAAAUAGACUGACUGGUCUUCAAAUAAGAUGCCUCCUUUUUCUUUUACUAAGCUUCAAGGAGGAUAUCGUACCGGUGAGAAGUAACUUGUAUUUAUUAGAUUUUUAUUAAGCUGUCAUUAUCUUUGUCAUGUGGAUUCUAAGGGAUUUUUCCCAUGAUUCCUUUACUUCUGUCAAAGGCAAAUGGAAGGCUUGUGAAAUAAAACAGCUCUGCAGC